AUUUACAGGAUGCUGGAUAAUUAUGACAGGGGCGAGGUGACACCACCACCGGUUAGCAGUUAUGGCGGCUCACCUGGACUCUUGGCACUUCAUUCCUCGCUUUAUGCUACACCCACGUCUAGAACCUACGACAUCGAUACCAAUAUCGAUACCAACGACUCGACGGCCAUGCCUAUCGAUACCCAAAUCAUUUCGAUACCAGGGAUGUUGAGCGGACCGGCACAGCAACGUUUGGAAGAUAUGUCCUGGUUAGCAUCGGGACCAUCCUUAGAUUAUCAACAAGGAAUCUCACCGAUUCCCACAGGAGUGAAGAUGUGCCAUCCUGGCAGUACAGCGCAACGUAGCCUGAAGGAACAACGGAUACGUCGUCCGAUGAACGCCUUCAUGGUCUGGGCAAAGGUCGAGCGCAAGAAAUUGGCCGACGAGAAUCCUGAUCUUCACAACGCCGAUCUAAGCAAGAUGCUUGGUAAGUCAGCACGCUCGAUCAUUUAUCAAACUAAAUCUUCUAGUUACAUAGAUCAAUCGAUAUACUCUACGAUCCAGUUCUAUCAUUAAAUCGUAAUUAUC